UGACGUUGACAUUUGAUCUAAACAAUAUGUGUAAUGUUUGUUUGAGAUUUGUGAUUAAAAAUAAUAAAUAAUGAGUGAUAUUACAAAUGCAACAGAAGCAGCUACCCUUGCUGUUAGAUUUGAUCAAACGGGCCAAGUUGAUAAAGCAGUCGAAUGCUAUAGGACUGCAGCAAGGCUUUUAGACAGAGUUUGUGAUCAUGUACCGUCAGAAAAGCAAUUGGAAAUACGAAAAAAAGUUAAGGAGUACCUUGAGAGGGCUACUUUUUUACAGGAACAAAAAGAUAGAGCAAAACAAGCAGAAAGUGAGCGUGGGAUGCAACAAUGUUAUUUCCUGAUGCAGCAAGCAUUGGAUGCGGAUGAGGCUAGCUUAAAAGACCUGGCUUUGCAGCUCUACACACAGGCAGUUGAACUGGCUGUCAGUAUUAAUACGAGUGAUCCUGAUGUAAAACAGAAGGUGAAAAAUGUUGCUGCACAAGCAUUGGACAGGGCUGAGGAGUUGAAAGGCAUCAAGAAAAUCAGUGCUUUAUCAAUAAAUGAACCUGUGAAACCUGCUGUCUCACCAAGAGCGCAAUUACAGAGAGAACAAAGUGUACAUUUAAAAGUGACAGGCAAACAAGUUUAUACGGAAGAAGAAAAAGAAGUUCUUCGUCAAACAUCAAAUAUAAACGACAACUGUUUCCUACCGUUCAUGGAUGUUGAUUAUUCUGAAAAGUUUCAAUAUGCGUUACCAUUUGAAGACAAAGCGAGUAAAUUAAAGUUGUCGUCUAAGCAAGAAAAGGAAUUUGAUAGUUGGGUGAGACCGCAUGAAGUGUCCGUUGAUCCUAAAAUGAUAGUUGGCGAUUAUGUUGAUUGCUACAGUAUUAAACAGACUAUAGUAUCGGAUUGUUCGUUUGUUGCAUCUCUCGCUGUUAGUGCAUUAUAUGAGAAGAGAUUUAAGAAAAAAAUAAUCACUUCAAUUAUUUACCCCAAAAAUAAAAACAAAGUUCCCGUAUAUAAUCCAUUUGGUAAAUACAUGGUGAAAUUACAUUUAAAUGGUGUGAGAAGAAAGGUUAUAAUCGACGAUCGUCUACCUUAUAGUAAGUACGGUCGUCUCCUCUGUUCGUAUUCCAGUAACAAGAAUGAAUUCUGGGUGUCAAUAUUGGAGAAAGCUUACAUGAAAGUUAUGGGCGGUUACGAUUUCCCCGGCUCUAAUAGUAACAUAGAUCUGCACGCACUAACCGGGUGGAUACCGGAGCGGUGCGCGCUGCGCAGCGGGGAGGCGGACUUCAACGCGGGCGCGCUGUACGAGACGCUGCGCACGCGCACUGCGCGCGGCGACCUGCUCGCCACCGCCGCCACCGGCGCGCUCACAGACACUGACGCGGAGCGCACCGGACUCGUGCCCGCGCACGCGUACGCCGUGCUCGAUGUACGCAACGUCAAUGGAGUGAAACUACUAAAGUUGAAGAACCCGUGGUCGCACCUGCGCUGGCGCGGCAACUACAGCGAGCUGGACACUGCGCACUGGACGCCGGAACUGCGCCGCGAGCUGAACUACGACCCGGACAGCGCGGCGCAGUACGACAACGGCGUCUUCUGGAUAGACUACGCCAGUAUUCUCAACUUCUUCGAUGUAUUCUAUCUCAAUUGGAACCCGGAGAUAUUCAAAUACACCUUUUGUAUACAUCAGAAAUGGGAGGCGGGCACAGGACCGGCUAAAGACGCGUUCAAUGUGGGCGAGAACCCGCAGUACUCGCUGCGCGCCCACUCGCCCGGCGCUGUGUGGCUGCUGCUGACGCGGCACAUCACUGAUAUCGACGACUUCAGGGACAACAACGAGUACAUAACCCUGCUUGUAUAUAAGAAUAAUGGACGGAGAGUUUAUUAUCCAUACGACCCGCCACCAUACAUCGACGGCAUCCGCAUCAACAGCCCGCAUUACCUAUGCAAAGUGGUUGUCAGUGAGGGUUGCGAUACAUUCACUCUGGUCGUGUCGCAGUACGAGAAGUCGCGCACCAUCCUGUAUACUCUGCGCGCGUAUGCCACCUGCCCAGUCAGCCUCGAUAAGCUGCAUACGUACCCUUACACGAGGACGAUACGUGGUGAAUGGUCAGGUAGAACUGCGGGUGGAUGUGAGAACCAUCGUGCGACGUAUCCUAAUAAUCCCAAGUUCAUUGUAACCGUACCAGAAGCCAGGUCUCCAUGUAACAUGGUACUGGAACUGAAAGGUCCCAAGCAGUACCAGAUUGGAAUGGACGCGAGAGUUGAAUCUAUAGACGACCCUUCAGUUACAGCACCCUUUUUAAAAGAAUCUUCAGGCCCUUAUAGAUCUGGUUUUGUAUAUUUGGAGCUUCGUAAUCUCCCAGCAGGUAGGUAUAUAAUAACAGUAUCAACUUUCUAUCCGGGUCAAGAAGGACCAUUCUUCCUCGAGCUCAAGUCUACGUGUGAGGUGACGUGCGACGCGCGCAACUAGCGCCCUCGCUGCCACAGACAACAUAUAUCUCAUUUGAAAACUUGUCUAUGAAAUUAAAAAAAAAACUUUUUUAGUACAUUUUUUUUAGAUUUGAACUUGUGUGUUAUUGACAACAGGGUUAUUUUAAGUUUAAAAUAUUGCAUUUAAUUAAUAAAUUACACUUUUUUGCACAUA